AUGAAGUCGUUAAGUAAACAAGGGAGUUAACUCUCAGACUAGUUACUGUAAUUUUCUUUUUUUAAUCUUAUUCUCGAAACUUGAUCGAAUCUAGUUUAUUUGAUUAUGUCCAAUUUAUUAGAACGAUUAUCCUAAAAAUGUAUUUGUUUAGAAAUAACUUGUCCGACUUGGCUACCGGUUAUUAUCUGCAUUUAUCACAGUAUUAUUGUUGUUAUAAACUGUUGCUUUGUUUACAUCCAAGAUGGCAGAAUAGUUUACAUUAGCAACUGGAAAUGUCUUUUCUGUAACUACGAUCAAUUCAACGGGAUACAAUGACUUCUCGAAAGUCUCGUUUAAUGAAUGACACAUGGAGCUCUGCAGAACUGAAACAUGCUCUUAAGGAUGAUGUGAAAAGAAGCAACAGAGAAGGGUCAGCUUCCAGAGGUAAAAGACACAAUGACAAGGAAGUUGAUUCAAAACGAAAAAGCCACCCAGAGAAAAGCAAAUCAGGCCAACUGUCUGCCAAGAAAUCAACUCAUUACACAGAUGAGACUGAGAAAAAAGAGCGGAUGGAAACUAUGAUUCAACGUGAAAAAGAAAAAGAUUUUGCUGCCAAAAAACGAGAAUUACUGAGAGAAGAAGAAGAGGAGAAACUGCGGCUGAAACAAGAAAGACAAGCAAAAAAAGAGGCUAAAAAGUUAAAAAGUUACAAUUAUAAGGAUGAUGAUGUCCGAUUACUGCAUCAGGAAGAGAGCAGCAGUUAUGCAAAGGAAUCAAGGAAACAGAAGCAUGAGAAAAAGUCAAAAAGUCAUGAUAUAAUAGAAUCGAGAGAAACGGAGAAAAAACAUAGAAAACAGAAAGAAUCUGUGAAAAAAAAUGAGGAAGCAGAAACGUCCAGGAAAAGAGAAAAGAAAGAUUCCAAGUCUAAACAUUACAGAUACGAAGAAAUCUUUGUGGUUUCAUUGCAGGGAAAUGAAAAAAAAACAAAAGAAGAAAGAAGGAAAGAAAAUUCUGAAGCAUCUCUCAGACAUCAUGAGAAGACUGUAAAAUAUAACAGCCACGUCGAUGAGAGUCCAAAACGUAAACACUCAGGUGAAUCUCAUAAAUCAUCAAGAAAGAAAGAGGAAUCGAAGCCAGACAUUUCUCCACUCAAACAAGAUUUUCCAGAAAAUACAAUAAAAGAAGCAAGUGAAGCAAAUGUGAUUGAGGAAGAAACGGUUGAGAAGAGAAAUGAUUCAUAUGAUAAUGACUACGAUUAUGCUGAUGAUUUUGAAGAUUAUUCUGAUGACUUUGAUGAAAGUUUGUCUGAACCUCACAGCAAAGAAAAUGAAGAUGAUAAUGUAAGAAUUCCAAGUGCCACAGAGAAAACGGAGGUAGAGAAAACCCCAACACCACCAAGUCCAAGAGAAGAUUUACACAGGGGUUCAGUUAAUAAUGAUCAGCAGGACAUUACCAAAACAAAAUCUAACAAACCCUAUAAUUAUGGCAUUGUGGAGAUCACAAGGACAAAUCGACGACAUGUCAGUAAAGAAGUUAAGUCCAAGUUAAUCGCUCGCUACAAAGAAUUGAGGAAGUUGAUUGUGUUGGAUACGGAUGUUGAUCAGGAAGUCUUUGAAAUGUCACCCAUCAGUCAAUAUGAACUUUAUAUCAGCAGUUUUGGCCGUGCCAAUUACAAACAGGCAUUUGUCCAAACUGGAGAUGAUUCUAUUGACCGAGACAUCCAAACAGAAGAGACUGAGAUGGUUGAUAAAUGGACACAGUAUCCUCCAAGUGGACAUGAUUCUGCUGGAGGUAACCAAUUAAACCAUUCUGAGGUGGGGAAUCAAAUCUCCAAGACUGAAUUCGACUCUGUCAGACUCAACAAAUUUCUCUUUCAUGCCACAAGGGUGAUGUCAGUAUUGUUAGAAGAGGAACUACCUGACAAUAAUUUGAUGGUAAACACUUCUGAGAAUUCUUCACAACUUGCAUUCUGCACAGGUUACUUCACUCUCAGUAUAUGUCCUUUGUUUGGUAAGCAGAGUGUGAUGCAUUGCUGUUGUUCGAGCACCAACUUCACAGAUUUUCUCAUGACUGUCCACAACGACAUCAAAAUGUAUAAGGCACAAACCAAAGAUAAUAUUAAUGGUAGGAAUUUUCUUGGCGUUUGGGACCUUAAACAGCCUUCAAAGCCAGCCAAAAUUCUUUCAAGUGAAUCUCAAAUUAGUUGUUGCUGUUUUGGUCCUUCAAGUUCUAAAUUAACAUUUGCUGGUUGUGUUGAUGGCUCUAUCCUCGUGUGGGAUACACGUGAAGCAGAAUCUCUACACCAAUCUAUUCACCUCGAUGGAGUCUCAUAUACAGUUCGGCAUCCAGCAUAUAACACUGCUGGAUUAAUGAUGUUCACCUCACACCAUGCCCCUGUGCAGAGCAUUUGUCAUGUACCCAGACAGUCUUAUAAUUUAAAAGAUUCAAGACAUUUAAGUCUGGAACCAGAAGUUUCCUUCCAGCUAUUAAGCAUGGAUUGUAUUGGACACAUCAAUAUCUGGGUUAUUGUUGAACUGACUUCUGUACAAGCUCAUGGUUCCCUCACAGAGCUUGGUUUGAGGCCUGGAAGUAAAGUAAAACUUGUGCAAAGCUCAACACUUAGUAUCCAGAGUCCUCUCAGGGAUCCGCUCUGUGUAUCUGGAAUCCAAACCCAUCAACUGUGUCUCUUACCUGAAAAUCCAAACCAGAUUUAUAUUGCAACUGAUACAGGACACAUUGUUCAUUCUGUACGACUUGGAUCCAUACCUUAUCCUAGAGUUCAUUAUCCCCAAAAAAUGAAUGGUUCCUGUGUGCUCUCUGAAGUAUUAUCUAUUGAUUUUUCCCCAUUCAAGCUGCCUUGUUUCUUGACUGGAUAUUCUGAUGGCAACAUUCACCUGUAUCAUACAAACCGUGAAUGUGCUAUCAACAGCUGGCCAUUGUCCAUGACUGGAAUCUCAAGUAUAACACAGGUCAGAUGGUCUAAAACACGACCUUGUGUUUUCUACGCAAUAGCUGAUCACAGUGUUGUCUUUGUGUUCGACCUGCUGCAACAGCAUAACAAACCUGUUCAUAAGAGAACCAUUGAAAAUAGAAUCACUGCGAUGGAAAUAUUUUGUCAUUCAGAUGACAAAAGUCAUACAAUACCAAAUGAAAGAAUGAUUUUAUGUUUGUCUUCAGGAAAAAUUGAAAUUCAAACAAUAUCUGCUUCCUUCUCACAACCUCAAGAUUUAGAAUGGGAAUUUCUAGAAAAAUAUUUGGAAAGAUCUUGAUUACAACCGAAAUGUUUUUAUGAAAUAUAUAAUAAUAAGAGAAGCAAAUUAUUCAUCUUUUUAUUUGUUCAACAGGCUGCAAGGUGGGAGUGAUGAAUGAAAAUACUGAAUUAAAUAUCUUAAAAUGAUCCAACACAAAGAACUAAAUAUUUCAUGCCUAGAUCCUGCUUGGAUCAACAUUUGCUUUUUGUCACCAGUCUAUAAAUUAAAGCACUAAUAAUAAAAUGGUCUGAUAUCAUGCCCCCUCCCACCAAAAAAGAAAAAAGUUGCGGGGGGGGG